UUAGCCCCUUCACAGCUCAGUCCCUAGGCAGGAGCUGAUGACCGAGAGAGAAAGACCGUCUAAAGCAUAACAUAAAGUGGCCCAAUCCUUAGCCUAGAUAGCGUGUUAUGUCUCACAGCAUAUAAAUAAAUAUUCCCCAGAACACAGAGCAUCAGGCAGCACCCGAGCAGCGCCGCCAAGUCACGGGAUGCGUGGAUAAACGGCCGAUUACAAAAAGUGACGGCGACUGGCGGACUGUAAUGGCGGCGGGGAGAGAGGUGAGAGGGAGAGGAAGAGUGAAUUACUGAACCCCGUCCGCCGUGAUGGAUACCGCCACGCCUUCCACCAGUGCAGGGCCGCCCACCACGCCCGCCACGCCCACUGCAGCCACGCCCCAGACGCAGCAGCCCAAGAUUGAUCCCUUGCGCCUCCUCAACUGCCUGAGUAUCCUGUUGAACCCCAAGGGCGGCAUCAAGGGCGUGGCCGAGGUGCACAGAGUUAAGGGAUUAAUGACGAAGUAUUCCAAGAAACUGGUGAGCAAGUGUAUUUAUCUCAACAUCCUGCAGGCCACGGACACGCCGCUGCUUGACCUGUUCUACGAGGAGGGCGGGUGGGAGCUGGUGGGCGCGUGGCUGCAGGAGGCGGUGAUCGGCAGGAACUGGCCGUUGGCGACGCAGGUGCUGACCCUAAUGGAAGCGUCGCCGCUUACCCUGGCCAGGCUCAAGCGCAACUCCACGCCCAAACUGGUGAAGGACCUCUCCAGGGUGACGCAGGCGCCAGGUGAGGGCGGGGCUCUCUCGCUGGGACGGUGGGGUGCUGGUGGGGGUGUUGACACGUGGGCUGACGAUGACGUGCACGGGGAGUGUGGGGAGGGGGGUGGCGAGGGCGUGCAGUACACCCCGAGGUCUAUUGCAGGCGUGCAGCUGGUGGCCAAGCGGCUGGUGCAGAAGUGGAUGGAGGUGGUGCGCCAGGGAGAUUGUGUAGCCGCCGCCGCCGGCAUGGGUCUAGCCACCACCGCCCCCGCCCUCACCACCCCCAUCACCACCUCAGUCCCCGUCACUAAUAACCGGCCGGCGGAGCCUUCUGGAACUACAAUGUCCGCGCCAGCCCUCACUGCCGCCCCCGCCCCCGCGGCGACCGCUGCGGGCGGCGUGGAGGGCGGGGAGGGCAGCUCAUCGGCAGACGAUGAGUCUUCCAACGCCUCGACAGAAAGCGAGCCGGCGGCGCCCCCGCGGCCACCACGCCCAUCCGCAUCACCAUCCGCAGCGGGUCGCAGGUGCUGGCCAAGGUCACCUCGCAGCGCCCCAGCCAAGACUCCACCGACAGUGACGACAACAAGCCGCUCAGCGUCCUCCGCGAGGAGGUGCAGCUCUCCCGCUCCAAAGACUCCCCCGUCAGCGACUCCUCCACCACCACCACCACCACCACUACCACCACCACCACUACCACUACCGCCACCACCACUUCCUCCAGUAGUGUCGGGUCGCUUCCCGCCUCCACCACCACCACCGCCGCCAGCGCGGUGCACACCAUCGUCACCUUCACCACGGGGCACUCCGCCCCCACGCCCACCCUUGCGUCCCUCCCCACUACCACCACCACCACCACAACCACCCCUGCCUCGGAUGAGAACAGCUCCUCGGCAGAACCCACCACCACGACCACCACCACCACCACCAACAGCCGAGAGCGACACAGAUGGCGCUCCCGCUGCGGAGGAGUCCUCAACCGACGCCGCCGCUGACGACAAGAGCAGCACAGCGUCGGGGGAGGGCGGCAGCGCGGUGAACGGCGAGGCCACGGCCGAGGAGAAGGCGGCGGCUGAGGACAAGACUGAAGGCAAGCGAGGCAAGGAGAAGAAAACACGCGAGCGAGACAAGACAAAAGACAAGGACGAGAAGGCGAAAGACAAAGACAAGGAGAAAGACGAUAAGGACAAAGAGAAAGAUGAAAAGAAAGAGCGAGAGAAGCGUUCUGAAAAGAAGGACAAGGAGCGGAGCAAAAGCAGCAAUAGUAAUAAGAGUAGUGACAAAGAUCGGGACAAGAGCAGGCACUCCCACAAGCACCGCAGCAGCAGAAGCAGUAGCAAGGACAAGGACAAGCGAGACAAGGACCGCAAGAGUAACAGCAGCAGCAGCAGGAGGAGUAGCGGUAAGGACAAAGUGCGAGAUAAGGACAGGGACAAGGAUAAGGAAAAGGACAAGGACAAAGACAAGGACAAGGAAAAAGAUAAGAAGCGUCAGGAGAGCGAGGACAAAGCCACGUUGGAGAAAGUGAAGCCCCUGUCAGCGGACGGCCUGGCCAAGAUCCCCCGCAAGGCAGCCCCGCCCACCUUCCUGGACGCCCUGGGCUCCGCGGACGCCGACAUGAAGCAGACCCGUAAGCCUUCCUCCGUCAAGACCUACAAGUCCAGAGGGUUCCGCAACACGGGUCUUCUGGACGAGCCCGCGCUGCCCCCCAAGAAGCCCGGCGAGAAGAAGGCGGCGCCCUCCACGCCAGGCACCCCGGGCGUGAAGCGAGGCCCCCUGGAUGACCUCACCUUGACGCCGCCGGACAAGCGCGUGCGGUCGUCGGUCUCGUCGCAGCCUCUCAACACGGACAAGCCGGGCGGCGUGAAACUCAUCUCUCCCAAACGACCCUCCCUUUCGGACGAUGGCGGGUUCAUGGCGGCCCUCACAGCGGCCGGGAGUGAGAGGAAGAGAGUCACGCGGAAGAGGAAGUCGAGUGAGAGUGAAAGCAAAGACGGCACGAGCAGCGGGAAGGGCGAGGAGGAGGGCACCGGCUCGCCUACUCAGGGGAACGGAAAGGAUGGCAUGAUGUCCCCCACGAAUAUCAGACCGACUUUCAACUUUUACCAAGAGACGUUAAAGAGUGAUGACGAGAAGGGAGAGGGGGAGGAGGGGACGAAGAAGGAGGAGAGCGAGGAGAACGAGGAGGACACCGAAGCCAAAGAGGAAGGAGACGAGGAGAAAAUGGACGUGGACAACAGUGAGAAGGAGGAACAGGACGUCAUGGAGACUGAAGGAGGCGAUGACGAAGGACUUAAGGACGAGGACAUCCCCCUUGCCCCAGCAGUUCCCGCCCCCGCUCAGGAAGACUACGAGAAGGUGGAGGUAACGUUCGCUGCCCCUGACCCCGGCACUGUGCGGGGCGUCCUCGUGUACCACCGCCCCGCUGACCGCCGCAGGAAGACUGUCAAGUGGCGGGCGGAGGAUGAUCUGCAGGAGGUCUUUUACUUCGAGUUGGAUGAGACGGAGAGAGUGAACGUGAACACAGUCAAGUUUAACGAGCUGAUGGCGAUGGAGAAGCAGCGGGAGCGAGAGAUGAUGGGCAAGGGACGAGGUCUGGGGCGCCUGGACCUUAUGAAUAAAGGAUUAGGUCAUCACAACGUAGGGGGACGCCUCGAGAACGUCACCACCUACAUGCGCUGGUCCCUCCUGCCCGUAAUGUUGACGGGGCAGCCCAACGUGGUGGUGGGCGCCAGGAGCAAGGAGAAGCACACGCAGGCGGCGCGGCAGACCUCCACCAUGCCCGCCUUCUACCAUCCUUCCGCGCUGCCGGAGACCCCCAAGGAGCCAGACCCCGAAAUGGUGGUGCGUGCAGAGCCCAAGGAGAUCCCGCUGAACGACGUGCUGGGCCAGGAUAACCUGCACGACCACCGCGACAAGUUCUGGCCCGAGCCCCUCAUGAGCGAGCCGCCCCCAUAUCCCCCCUAUCCCAUGGGCGGCGGCAUGCCCCCCGCCGGCGGUGCCAGGGGCGGGGGCUCCCACUGGGUCAUCGGAGGAGGCGGCCCACCGGCGCCCGCGUACGGCGGCGGCCCCAUGUACGGCGGCUCGGGCCCCAUCCCCAUGGGCCCCGGAGGACCCGGCCCCGCCGGCCCCAUGGGGGGUUAUGGCGGCCCCGGGGGCUACGGCGGCGACAUGGGCGAGGCGAUGGACGGGUGGGGCGGUCCGGGGCCAGACUAUCCCGGCCAGAACAUGAUGAUGAUGGGCGGCGGCCAGAACGUGAUGAUGGGCGGCCACCCCAGCAUGGGCGGCCCGCGCAACAUGAUGCCCAACAUGGGCAUGGGCGGCGGCCCGAGGUUCCACGGGCGACAAGGCGGAGGAAACUGGAGCAACUCAGGGCGCCCGCCGCCCAUCUGUAGACACUUCAUGAACGGCCAUUGCAAGCACGGCAAGACUUGCAAGUACAUCCACCCCCCGCACCACUAGUGUGUAUGUGUGUCUGUGUGUGUGUGUGUGUGUGUGUGUGUGUGUGAGAGAGAGAGAGAGAAAGAGGGAGUGGUAGGGUGGACAAGCGGCUCCUGGUGGUGGCCUGACAGUAUUGUGGCGUCAGUGAUGUGCUGGACAAGAUGGCGCAGCACGGGUGACGAGGAGCCCUGGAGUGCCGCAGCAGUGACGCGUUGCAUUGCCACCAGGCAGUGAGUGGCGGAGACAGUGGCCGCACUGUUGGUGACAGUGACAGUGACAGUGACAGUGACGGUGACGGUGACGGCGGUGGCGGCGGCGGCGCUGCCUCGCCUCACGGUGGGGCGGCGCCUCGGGACUACUGAAUACCUAAAAACUCUAUAUUGUAUAUUGAAGAAUAUCUUGUUCAACAUAGUAUUGUACAUUUAUUAUUUUGUGUAACAAAAUUUUUGUAUAAAUAAACUAUUGAAGUGUGAGGUGA